AUGAAACUCUCAACUAUCACAACGCUGGUACUGGUGACUCUAGCCGGUGCCACUGCUGCCAACCUCGAGGAGAACGACCAUGCUAUGAAAACGGCACCCAAGGACUACGCCGCUCGAUACGGCUCCGAAGUGGACAAGGGCGACAAGUUUGUGGCCCAGGGACGUCCCGACGUGGAGGAUCAUGAGCGAGAGGACGACGAGGGAUCCGAGGCUGCUAAGAACGCCAAAGUCAAAAACACCAACGGCAAGCCCGCAAAGCCCGCCAAGACUGUAACUGACAAACAGCCCACUGUCAUUAACGACUACGACCCCAACAACAUUGGUCAAAACGAAGCCGAGGUCGAUAUUGCCAAGGACGCCGCUGAGCGGGCUAAGGAGGACCGAGUGGCUGCUGUCGUCGGAGUCACCGAGUCUGCCAACGAUGCCACUGGCUCCAAAUCUUCCUCCUCCUCCUCUUCUUCUGGCUCUACCACCACCACCAAACCCGCUUCUUCAGUCACCGAUGUUCCCGUGGAUGACGACAUGUGGCACACGUUUGUCAUGGCCUUCUCCAUGAUCAUCACAUCCGAGAUUGGCGACAAGACCUUCCUACUGGCCGCCAUCAUGGCUUCCAAACAUUCGCAUUUCACCAUUUUCUCGGCCGCCUUCUCAUCGCUGGCUCUGAUGACCAUCCUGUCGGCUCUAAUGGGCCAGGCUUUUCUCCUUUUCGUUUCUCCCCGACUCGUUGGCAUCGCAGCAGGUGUGCUUUUCCUUGUUUUCGGAAUCCGACUGCUGCAUGAAGCCACACACAUGGAGGGCGUUUCCAUCAAGGACGAAAUGGCCGAGGUGGAGUCUGAGAUCGAGGCUUCCGAGAUGAACGAAAAGAACCGAGAUCUCGAGGCUGGUACCUCUUCCUCCUCGUCCGGAGAUACUACUCUUCGUCGACAAAAUUCUGCUCCUGGAAUCACCGAUGACGGCCUCGGCGAGCAGGGAUACUCGUUCGAUAUCCGAAAGGCCUCCAAGCCUACCAUCAAGCAGUCGCUAGCCGAUAUUUCUAACGGGUUUUCCAACCUGGCCAGUCUGGUACUGUCGCCGGCUUGGGUCCAGAUCUUCGUCAUGACCUUUCUGGCCGAAUGGGGCGACCGGUCGCAGAUCAGCACAAUUGCCAUGGGCGCUGGUUCCAACUUCUGGCCUGUGGUUUUCGGCGGAGUGAUUGGCCAUGCUUGUUGCACCUCUGUGGCCAUUAUUGGAGGCAAGCUGCUUGCCCAGCGGGUGUCCAUCCAGCAGAUUACUGUGGUUGGCGCCGUGGCUUUCAUCAUUUAUGCCAUUCUUUACUUCUGGGACAUUUACUCCACUUGGCAGUAG